GGAUUGGCGGCGUGUAAAAUGGCUAGUCAAGAGAUACGCAUAAGUUUGCCUGGAAUGACAAAAGUACCGUUAAUAGAUAGAAAAGAAGAUGUUUACAUUAUUAUUCUAACUUAUUUGAACCAGUUUUCUCCAACUGAGGGAAACUUGAAUGACAUACGUCCCGCUGUUUCUUUUUCUCCGCAUAUCUUCGGAGCCGGGAAGAGUUUUGUCGGUGUACACUUUUUAGAGUUUUUGAACAAAUUUGCCGAAGAAGAAGAGCAAAAGGAGACGGAGGGACGCCCUGGCCAUUUCCCUGAAAGCAACACGAGCUCAUUGGGAGGAGUUAAGGUGAAGAACUUUUUUUGGAAACACUUUGCGGAAAACACUUUGUCAGUUGUCUUAGAACUGAGAGAGAGUUUUUCUGGUGCUCCUUUUCCAAGGUUUCUAGAGGCUUUGAUGUAUAAUAUUGUUCUGGCUGCUGACCGAGUGUAAUGGUAUGGCUGCGCGAGGCUCUUUAGAUUUCACG